UAGCUCGCUCUGCCGAGCCUCAAAACCCUCUCGCGUUAAGGCAGCCAUCGCUUCUCUCUCUCUCUCUCUCAGUAGUCUCUCUUUCUCUCUCUAAUGGAAGAAGACGACGAAUUUGGAGAUCUCUACACGGACGUGCUGCGACCCUUCUCCUCAUCUGCACCUUCUGCUCCGCAGCCUCAACAUUCCUCUCCCGCACCUUCAUCGAUUCAACGUCCGAUUGAUCUCGUUCUUCAGAACCACAGAAAAGACAUCGACGGUGACGAAAUCCUCCAUGGUGUAUCCGGCCGCAAUCCCCCUGUUCCCUUCGAUCAAACCCCACUAAAUUCUGUUGAGAAUUCAAUCCCUACUGACAUUAAUUCAGCUACUAGACCUAGGGUUUUGGGCCCUUCUGAGGCGAAAUUACCUAAUAAUGCUUCAAAUAGUACUGAUUUUCAAUCCGAUAAGCAGGAUGAAGAGAUCACUUUUGAUAUCGAGGAGAUAAAUACUGGAAUUAUUGAAGAUUCAGGUCCGAUGAUCCCUGGACUCACCGUUGAUACCGAGGAUUCUAGGAAGAGUGAUGCUGACGUUGCCGGUGGUCGAGUCAGCGGAGAGGGAGAUGAAGAUUGGGAAGAAGACAGUGAUAGUGAAGAUGAUUUGCAAAUAGUGUUGAAUGAUACUAAUCAUGGCCCCAUGGGGAUGGAAAGAGGAAUGAUGGGUGAUGGCGGUGAUGAUGAUGACGACGACGAGGAUGGGGAUCCACUCGUAAUUGUCGCUGACGGGGACCCAAAUCAGCCGAUAGAGGAACAAGAUUGGGGAGUGGGAGAAGAUGCGGCCACAGCAGCAGGGGUGGAAGGGGAGAAGAAAGAGGGCGACGAGGCAGCUGGGAAAGGGAAUGCAGUGGCAGGGCCGAAGAUUGGGUACAGCAAUCAUGGGUAUCAUCACCAGUUUCAUUCUCAGUUUAAGUAUGUGAGACCUGGUGCAGCACCAAUGCCUGGAGCUACUGUUGGGCCUGGAGGAGCCACGGGUCAAGUUCGUCCUCCUAUCAACAUGGCUCCUUUAGCUGGUCGUGGAAGGGGUGACUGGCGACCAGCAGGAAUGAGAAAUGCUCCUCAAAUGCAGAAGGGUUACCAUCAUGGUUUUGGAAUGCCUGUUUGGGGCAACAAUGUCGCAGGCCGGGGCUUUGGUGGUGGACUGGAAUUCACCCUUCCUUCCCACAAGACCAUUUUUGAUGUUGACAUUGAUAGUUUUGAAGAAAAGCCAUGGAAAUAUCCUGGCGUUGAUACUUCUGACUUCUUCAACUUUGGUUUGAAUGAGGAAAGUUGGAAAGAUUAUUGCAAACAACUGGAACAACACAGGCUAGAGACUACCAUGCAAAGCAAAAUUCGUGUAUAUGAGAGUGGGCGGGCAGAGCAGGAAUAUGAUCCAGAUUUGCCACCAGAAUUAGCAGCAGCAGCAGCAGGUAUUCAUGAGAUGCCAGCUGACAAUUCAAAUAUUGGGAAAUCAGAUGUUGGACAAAGUGAUUUAAUGAAAGGACCUCCUCGUGUGCGGCCACCAUUACCAACUGGACGGGCAAUACAAGUUGAAGGAGGUUAUGGCGAACGUCUACCCUCUAUUGAUACUCGACCACCCCGAAUUCGUGAUUCUGAUGCAAUCAUUGAGAUUGUCUUGCAGGACUCUCUAGAUGAUGAUUCCUCCACAGGAAAUGGUGGUCUGGAUGGAGCGAACAAUGAUCCACCAAGAGAUGACUUCAGAGGAAGCCGCACACCUGAAGAUGACAUUGCACCGAUAGAAACUGAAUAUUGCCAUGAUUUUCCACAAGCUUACAAUAAUCGAAAGGGUGGAAGGAGGGCACCAUAUAUUGAUUCUGGUCGCAGUAACAUACCUGAGGGAGAUGGGAUUUUGCCCUUCCAUCCUGAAGCACCAUGUCAAUAUCGUGCUGAUUCUAGGGGGCCACCUGUGUUAUCUGGUGGGGAUUUUGGCCCUCAUCAUGAGGAAAGGCGGGGACAGGGAAGAACAACUGACAUAUCUCCUCAUGUUACUCCAAGUGGUACACGGGAUAAAAGAUUACAUGAUAAUUUUGAGGAAGAUUCAGUUGAAAGCUUGGAUGAUAAACAUAGCCCGGUGGUGUCAUCUCCCACUGCAGUUAGGGAUGCAAGGGAGCUGAGCCUUGAGGACAAGGAUGUUACUGUGCCUGAUGAGCCUGUGGUCGCUGAAGGAAGUUCUGGGAUGGAAAAGGAUGAGAUGACUGAGAAUGAAGUAACCACCAAUGAUAGCAUAAAAGAUGGUAAUGCACAUCAUUCUGCAAAGAAAAAAAAAUUAAGUUCUUGUGUUGAACAGUCUGCUCUGCAAGAACUUGAUGGUGGAGAGGACUCCAAGGCUGCAAGAAGUAGUGAAAAUAGCAAAGCAAGGUCAGGUAGCAGCAAAGAUUAUCAGAAAUGGCAGGAUGGUGUUGAGGAGGAAGUAGUUCAAGAUGGUUGUGCUAGACAUACAGGGAGCACCAAGAGGCAUCUUGAUGAAAGUGAACAUAAUUUCCAAAGAAAAGAACGUGAUGCUAGACAAGAGAUGGAAAGAAAUCACAUGGUAAUAAAAGGUAGGGAGGGUUCUUAUCCUCGUAGAGAUUUGGACCCUAGCUUGACACAUCAUUUGCAUAUAAGAAACGACAGCUAUGAUAGGCGAAAGGAACGAGAAAACCCUGAUGGAUCUUGGCAAUGGAGGGAGGAAGAUCCGCAUAGCAGAAAGAGUAGGACUGAAGACACAAGGAAGAGGGAACGGGGAGAUGAAAUGGGAUCCAGGCACAGAAAUAAGACAAGGGAAGGUGAGAGGAGUGACAGAGAGGAACAUCUUCAUUCAAGAAAACAGUUGGACAAUGGCAGCUAUAGGAUCCAUCAUGAUAAGGAUGGUAGUUCACGGUAUAGGGAAAGAGAGGACAAUUUGAAGAGUAGGUAUGACGUGGUGGAUGAUUACCAUAGCAAGAGAAGGAAAGAUGAGGAAUAUUUAAGGAGGGACCUCACCAACAAGGAGGAGAUCCUGCAUGGCUACAGAGAAGGCACAAGUCGUCGAAGGCGAGAAAGGGAUGAUGUUUUGGACCCUCGAAAGAGAGAUGAUCAGCAAAGAAUUAGAGACAAUCUUGAUGAUUACCACUCUGUUAGGCACAAGGAUGAGAUCUGGCUCCAGAGGGAAAGGGGUGAAAGGCAAAGGGAGAGGGAGGAGCUGUAUAGGCUAAAACAAUCCCAUGAAGAAAAUUUAUCCAAGCGUGAAAAAGAAGAAGGACGGGGUUCUUUAAGGACUGGGCGUGGUGCAGAUGAUAAAGCACGGAUUGGUCAGGCUAGGGUAAAGGAUGAGUACAGAGGCUCCGAUAAAGAGUACCAACUAAAAGAUGCAGUUCGGAACAAUGAACAGCAGAAGAGAAGGGAUAGAAUGGAGGAGGAAAGUUAUUCACAUCGUAGGGGACGUGAUGAUGUUUAUGCACGGGGAAAUCAACUUAGUAAUGAGGAGAGAAGAUCCAGGCAAGAAAGGUCAAGCGCUCGUAUUGAUCGUGCUGUUGAUACUCCUGAUUACCAAGGGGUGUAUGAUAAAAAACAUAAAGAUAACAUGAGGAGGAGCAAAGAAUCUGAGGGUGGAGAUCACAACACUUUGGGCCAUUCCAGAAGAAAUCAAGAGGAUCACAGUGGUCACACUGAUGAGAUGGGGUUGAAUGGUGUGGCUGAGAAAGGAAAUGUGGAGAAUGAUAUUGCAGUGCAACUCAACUCUCCCAAAAGACGCAAGGAAGAUGCAUCGUCUGAUGAUGAACUACAAGAUUCGAGAAGAGGACGCUCAAAGUUGGAACGUUGGACAAGCCAUAAGGAGAGAGAUUAUAGUAUUGGCAGUAAGCCAUCAACUUCCUUAACUUUUAAAGAAAUAGAUAGGAAUAACAACAGUGGAUCUUCAGAAGCCAACAAACUUGCCAAUGAACUUCCCAAGAGACCUCAGGCUGUUGAAAAGCAUUCUCUGGCUGAAGAGAAAGAUGCUGCUGAUAUAGAGAACAAGGAUACUGAUACAAAACCAUUGGAGGAUCGCCACCUAGACACAGUUGAGAAGUUGAAGAAGCGAAGUGAGCGGUUCAAGCUUCCAAUGCCAAGUGAAAAGGAUGCUUUGGCAAUAAAAAAAAUGGAGACUGAAGCGCUGCCUUCUGUCAAAACUGACACUCCUGUGGAUGCAGAGAUCAAACCGGAGCGGCCAGCUCGCAAACGAAGGUGGAUUAGUAACUAAAAGGGAAUUCAGUGAAUACGUUUUUAGGUGUGCCUCGCUUUUUUCAGUGAGGAAAUUACUGCUUGGCCUGAUUUUUUAUUGCAUCGCCCUGAAGAUCCUGUAAUAUGUGGAUGAUAUAAUAUCUGUAUGCUUCCAGGGAUGGCCAUGUACUUCAGCCAUAGUUAAUCUAUAAAUCUUGUAACCAUAUUCCUGCCAUACUUAGACAUACUUAGAUGUUUUGUACAUGCUAAUAUAUGUAACAUUGAACUUGUCACCUUAUGGUUGGCACAGAAUUGCAUUUUAGUAUCAAUUCCAAUUAUGUUACUCA